AUUCGUAAAGCAAAGGUAAAGUAGGACUUUGCCCGCCGGCUGACACUGUAACUGAACUGGAAACUCAAAACCCUACAAGUCCGAACCUUAGUUGUACGGAGAAAACUCGCAAUCUCUGAGAUCAACGCUCACAACCCUCAAUUGCGGAGAUGCAAUCGUGUGCUUUUAACUUAGUCUCCUGGAAACUCCCUGAACUUUUUAUCGCAAAGGGUAUGAACUCCUUUUGUCCUGUAAAAAGGGAUUUCAGAGUAUGUUCGGUUGCAUCGAGUGUGAAUGAGGCUUCCAAUUACAUUCCAGCAGCUCCGAUUUUCCUCCCUGAAGGACCAUGGAAGCAGAUUCCUGGAGGAGUUACGGCUGCUAAGGGAUUCAAAGCUGCUGGCCUAUAUGGUGGGUUGCGUGCCAAAGGAGAAAAACCUGAUCUUGCGCUGGUUGCUUGUGAUGUAGAUGCCAUUGUUGCAGGAGCAUUUACUACAAACGUUGUUUUAGCUGCGCCAGUGGUAUAUUGUAAAAAUGUCUUGAGUAAUUCAAAAACGGCUCGUGCUGUGUUAAUAAAUGCUGGUCAAGCCAAUGCGGCAACGCUGCAAAAUGAGAAGGGGAGGGGUUUGGAGGGAGACAGUUUUGGUUUGAGAAAAGGGCUAAUAAAUUUCUCAGUUCAAAAAUUAGUAUCAUUGGAGGGUGAGGAACAUGGGCCUGGGAAGAGGAAAGGAAAAGGACAAGGGAAAAAUGAAAAGUCAGUGUUGCCCGUUGACGGUGAUGCUGGUUACAGAGAUGCAGUAGAAUGUGCCAAUGCCCUUGCUACACAACUUCAAAUUAGACCAGAAGAGGUGCUGAUUGAAUCCACCGGUGUAAUUGGUCAAAGAAUAAAGAAGGAAGCACUUCUGAGUUCACUUCCAAAACUAGUUAGUUCAUUAUCAUCAUCUGUUGAGGGGGCAAAUUCUGCAGCAGUGGCAAUCACCACAACUGACCUCGUCAGCAAGAGUGUGGCAAUUGAGUCUCAGGUUGGAGAGACAAAUAUAAGAGUUGGGGGAAUGGCAAAAGGUUCUGGGAUGAUCCACCCAAACAUGGCUACCUUGCUUGGCGUAUUAACAACCGAUGCCCUUGUUGACUGUGAUGUUUGGAGAAAGAUGAUCCAAGUUGCAGUAAGUCGCAGUUUUAACCAAAUCACUGUUGAUGGAGACACCAGUACCAAUGAUACUGUUAUUGCUUUGGCCAGUGGGUUAUCUGGAUCAACCUUGAUAUCUUCUAUAGAGAGUUAUGAAGCAAUACAACUUCAAUCAUGUCUUGAUGCUGUUACGCAAGGUCUUGCAAAAUCAAUCGCUUGGGAUGGUGAAGGAGCCACUUGUCUAAUUGAGGUUACAGUGACUGGUGCUAAUUCUGAAGCAGAAGCGGCAAGAAUAGCACGUUCAGUGGCUUCUUCUUCACUAGUGAAGGCAGCCAUAUAUGGGAGAGAUCCAAACUGGGGACGUAUAGCGGCAGCUGCUGGCUAUUCUGGGAUUUCCUUCGACCCAAACAAACUCUGGAUAUCACUUGGAGAUAUUGUGCUCAUGGAUGGCGGACAACCACUUAAAUUCGACAGGGCUGAAGCCAGCAACUAUCUCAAGAAGGCUGGCGAGACGCAUGGAACAGUUAGAAUUCAAAUAUCUGUUGGUGAUGGGCCAGGAAAUGGGCAAGCAUGGGGAUGUGAUUUAAGUUAUGACUAUGUCAAAAUAAAUGCAGAAUAUACUACAUAGAAGAUUUUGGCAGAACUGUAAAUUAGAGGGUUAUUAAUCACCUCUCCCCAAACAAAGAUGCUGUAAUCUUUUUCCACCUAGGGAGCGUUUGGUUCAGGAAAAAAUCUACUCCCUGAUAAGGUUUUUCCGUGAAAAGUGGUCGGAAAGUUUUGCACGGGAAUGUAAUGCUAAAUUAUUAUGUUUGUUUGGCAUAUGGGUGGGAAAGUAAUUCUAAAUUAUUAUUGAGAAUUUGAUAUGGGAUGGGAGUCUUAGAAAAGAUCCCUUGAAAAAGAUAUAUGGUGUGUUUAGUUUGGCUAAAUUUAUUAAAUUAUGGAAUGUUUU